UAUCUCUUUCAUUAUAACUUCAUCUCUUUUUUUUAUCGUCAAUGCUAAACUUGUAACUCUUCUCUCUCUUUCUCUUUCUCUCACUUUCAUCCCUUUUUCUCCCACUUCAUCUUGCAACUUGCAAAGGGAUAGUAAAUAUGGGAGAGAGAAUUGGUUUUUUGUGUUUUUGAGGAAGUAAAGCUUGUAGGAGGUUGGAAGAGAAAGAGAAGAGCUCUGUGAGUUAUUGCAAUGCCAGUUCCUCUUGCUCCUUAUCCAACUCCUCCAGUUCCGUAUAUACCUCCUCCUCCUCCUCCUGCCAAUGGUGCACAGAGCCAGCUUGUAUGUUCUGGAUGUCGAAACCUUCUGCUCUAUCCGGUUGGAGCGACCUCAGUGUGUUGCGCCGUUUGCAAUGCAGUCACUGCUGUGCCACCACCAGGCACUGAAAUGGCCCAGUUGGUCUGCGGGGGUUGCCACACCUUACUGAUGUACAUUCGUGGGGCAACAAGCGUUCAAUGUUCUUGUUGUCACACUGUCAAUCUAGCCUUGGAAGCGAAUCAAGUCGCACACGUCAAUUGCGGGAACUGCAGGAUGCUGUUGAUGUACCAAUAUGGAGCACGAUCUGUGAAAUGUGCUGUUUGCAAUUUUGUGACAUCAGUGGGGGCAUCGACGAGCACCCCUGAGCAGAAGUUCAACAAUAAUUGAGACUACUUCACAACCAACUUGGUUAUUACAGAUUGUAAAACUUCAGUUUUGCAUAUUACAAUAUCCAGCAAAAGCAGACGAGAAGAUGUUCUGUGUAGUCACAUGUAUAGAGUUAAUUUUUCCCUUGCGUGACAAUUCAAUGAAUAAGAAGCAUUGGAUGGAUAUGAUGGAUGAAUGUAUGAGAAAGACUUUUAGGUGGUGAAUGUAUUUGGAAAUUUUCAGAGGAUAAGAUGAACUUCAUUUCCUUUUUUAUUUUA